CUCGGACUCGGAGGGCAAGAGCCUCGGACCGAGGCUCGGAGCUAGGAAGGCCGCUUUUGCAGGCAAGUCCUGCUGCCCGUGCUGUCCUGCUGCAGCCUGGCUGGCUAGCGAGCUCAAUUGCCAUUGGUUUCGUAGGCCAUUUGUCGGCAGCCACGAGGAUGGAAGAAACACCACUUCUGUAUCAUGAGAAGCAGGAGUCAGCGAUAUGUGGCGUCCACGCAUUGAACACCCUGCUGCAAGGCCCCUACUUCACGGAAGUCGACCUUUCUCAGAUCGCACUCGAACUGGACAAGAAUGAGAGGGAGAUGAUGGCGGAGAGCGGCCUGGAGUCAUCCGACUACCUCAAGUUCAUGGCUGAGGAGUCUGGGAAUGUUGCUGCAGAUGGAAACUUCAGCAUCCAGGUACUCAGCAAGGCGCUGGAAGUCUGGGGCCUGAUCUUUGUGCAUUUGGACAGCCCUGAGGCAGCAGCUAUGGGGGACAACGACCAAGAGGCUUUUCUUUGCAAUCUCCAGCAGCACUGGUUUACCAUUAGAAAGAUCGGCUCUGAGUGGUACAAUAUGAACAGCCUAUACCCAGCCCCCGUUCACCUCUCCCAGUUCUACCUCGCUGCCUAUCUUGGAUCGCUCAAGGACGGCGGCUACACAAUCUUCGCAGUACAAGGAAACCUGCCGAAGUCGGUUGCAAGCGAGUUCUCAGGCAGCGGGCAGGGCCGGUGGCUGACCCCCCAGCAGGCAGAGGCGAUCAACGCAGAGGCCAAGCGCAAGGAAACAAAAAGCAACCCGCAGUCGAACCCGUCCGAUUGGCCCACGCUUUCAAACGCUCCGGACGACGACAUGGCCGCCGCGAUUGCGGCCAGUUUGCAGGACGCAGGGCCGAGCACCAGCGGAGCCGAUUCCUACCCGGGGGGCGGCAGUUCACACUGGGGGGGUGCCAGUUCACAACUGGGCGGUGCCGAUUCACCCUGGGGGGGCGACGAGGACCCGGAGCUGGCUGCGGCGAUCGCCGCCAGUUUAGGCGACUCGUUUGGGGAGCAGAAGCGGGCGCCGAGCGAGCCGCGGGAAGCGGAGGGGGGGCCCGGGGUGUGGAGUGGGAAGGGGCAAAAACUGGGGGGGUCUGACGCUCCGGGGGAACAACCGUCCGGGCAAAGCGGCGAGGGGAUGAAAGCCACGAGCCCGGGCGAAGAGGGGGGGAAUGUUACGGAACUUGUGAAACCCAAGUUCGAGAUCAAGCAGGACGCGCUCUCCCGCCAGAUUGCGGCAGCACGCGCGAAGGUGGAGGCGCGGGCCGCAGCCAGCGGGCCGGCCACGAGUCAAAGCGAGGGCGGCGGUGACGUCAGCGGGGCCAAAAUUGACGUCAGCGCCGCUGAUACGGCCACGUCUCAGGGGCCCGGGGACGCAGCCGGGGGGGGUGUUGAGCUGGCGUUUCGGAUGCUCGACGGGCGGAGGGUGAGCCGAAAGUUUGGACCGGGGGCCACGGUGGGGGAUCUGCUGACGUUUCUGCGAGGCGAGGGAGUGGAUACGGACAAGACGGUGCUGACAGCCACAGGAGGAGACAAGCUGUCGCUCGUGGACAGUCAAGUCACGCUGGAGAGAGCUGGGCUCCAGGACAAAAGCCUCCUUACUGUUAGGCAAUCAUGAUCCCAGUCGAGCGCUCAGUCGCUUAAAGGUAUUCCUGCACUUUCUUAAGUAAGAAGGAUCUUGAGGAAGAUUGCUGAGAUGGUACGGCAAGAAGAAACAAGGUAACGCGAAAUCACAGAGCCCACCCCUGACUUCACGAGCGCCCAUAAAUAGGCACCGUGCGUACUGAUCUAACCAAAGGAUACGUUCGAUGUUGAAAGCAGAGCGUUUCUGCGUUGCAC